AUGACCCGGCCACACAUCGUCAGAGCUGAUACUAUUGAUCUGCAAGACCACGAUGCGCCUUCAGCAAAAGACCACUCGCAUGCGCCCUCAAAACCCGACAUCAACGGACACCUCGCUGCCCACCAGGCCGAAACGCUGCGCGAGGUCGCAGAGGAGCGUGCCGGCGAGGAGAUGCGCAGCCCUCGGGGCUCUUAUGCACCUCACAACGACAUAGGCGACCUGUCCCAAUAUGCAGAAGAUCCCGAAAUGGAUGGCCCGACAGUCACCAAUGGCAAGGCGCAACGUGAGGAUGCACUAGCCGUUGCGCAGAACGGGGGAAUCGUGAUGGAUGCAGAUGAUGGUCACGGCGAUCAUGGCGACGACGAUGACGACGACGACAUGGACGAUGACAUGAUGGACAAGAUCUCGAGUUCUCCGUCCAUUGAAGAUGGUGGGUGCCCUCGGCAGCAGUAUCCUGGGACGAAACGCGACGGAAACGACGAGGUUCUGCGACAAGAGGCUUCGCUCGAGCCAUUGAGCUCCAUCGCAAAGCAUGGAAACAACCGCUUGGCCCCGCAGCCGGACAAUCUGCGUGGAUUACUGGAUGGGAGACCUGAGGCUCAUGAAUUCCGCAUCCUCUCGAAGAAAAUUGAGCCAGGCGACAUCUUGAGUCGCGGUACUACCGCGAGGCUUACUGAGCACGACAUCACUGCAUCACCGCAAUCUACAGAUGGGACUGACGACGAGUGUCUUACCACCUGCCUGGAUACGGUGCCUUCGAAAGACGAUGAUGAUGAUACGGUUGACGAUGGCAGCGAUGAUCCCUUCUAUGAUGAUUUACAGUUCAUUGAUUCAGGCUGGGGUGACAAAUGCUUACAAUUACCAGAGGAUAUCGAUUUCGAGUUUGUCUACGCUCUGCACACGUUUGUUGCGACAGUUGAGGGCCAAGCCAACGCUACUAAGGGAGACACAAUGGUUCUUCUUGACGACAGCAACAGCUACUGGUGGCUAGUACGCGUGGUGAAAGAUAGCAGCAUCGGCUAUCUUCCAGCCGAACAUAUCGAGACCCCCACAGAAAGACUUGCACGUUUGAACAAGCACAGGAACAUUGACUUGUCGGCCUCGAUGCUGGGCGAUACCGCAGAGAAGACCAAGAAUCCUCUCAAGACCGCGAUGCGCCGUCGGAAGGCCAAGACUGUUGCGUUCGCUGCACCCACAUAUGUCGACUACUCGGAUCACGAUGUCUCGUCUGAUGAGGGCGAGGAAGGAGAAGACGGACAGCAGCAAGGCGCACGACAGCAAGCUCAGGCUAAGCAGGCACAGGCGUCGUCGCAGCAAAUGGCGGAGGACGAUAUGGAAGAGGACGAAUCCGCUAAGGUCGAGCCUCUUAAGCCUAAGGCGCAGCAAAAACAAGCAAAGGUCGAUUCGGCAACCUCUGAUGCUGGCGCGGCCUCCGUAACGGCAGCUACCCCUGACGAGCCUCGCGGAAGCGAGGAUAUUUUCGAGGGCAGGACAGAAAGGGUCACCAAAAACGGAACCGUCCGGAACACAGAUUCGUUCUUCCGUGAUGAGACAAUCGAGACCAAGAAGAUCACACUUACUCCAGGCCUUCUCCGAGAUGACACGGAACCUCGUGGAUCAAGCUCCAGCGACUCUAAAGAAAUCCGGCAAAGACCAAGCCUGGAUAGGUUCGAGAAGGAGCUCGUAUCCGACAAGGACAAGAGCAAGGACGACAAGAAGAGGAAAGACAAGAAGCCGAGUGCGAUACGCAGUUUCUUCUCCAGGAAGGAUAAGAAGAAGACGGCGACGGACGACGACGACGAGUCCUUUGGAAAACGCUCCAUGGAUGUGGGUGGUGCUGAAUAUGCCGAAGAGGAACCCCAGGAUAUCGAGUCUCCCGAGAAGGGCGGGCCUCAGCGGAACCCCAGCAAGCUUCAGAAGCAGCAGCCGAGGACAGAGGUCUCGCCGACGCGUAAGCAGCCCAACAAUGUUGCAAAUGCGCCUCCAACUUCUUUACGGAUGGUCGAGCCGGAGCCCGUGGAACCUGCCGAGAUCAACGAUACCAAGGACGACAAGUCGAAGUCUGCCAUUUCCAAGAUGCUGCAUACAAAUAACGAGCCCAAGCCGCCGAAGGUUACCAAGGCCAAAGCGCGGGUCGAGCUCGACGAUUUUGAUUCCUCACCGGAGGAAGACGAUGUCGCCGAACCCUCGACCGCGCCGCCUGCUCCGGCACGGCAAGCACCAACACCGGAUGAGGCAAAGAUCCGUCCUACGCUGCCAGGUUCCUUCCCGGACAGCUACAUUGAGACACCCCAAGCUCAGCGCUCCGACCCGCUGGACACGCAGCAACGCAGCGCUGCUAACCAAUAUCACGCGGACUCCGCUGGGGUAUCGCCAGUCAACAAUCCACCUGCGCUGCUUGGGGAUACAUCGAGCCAAGAAGACCGCUCUUCCCCCAUCUCGUCGCCAUCGCCAGAACUGGAUGACAUUGAUGCCCUCACGCACCGAAACCAGGACUCCACGGCCACGACGGCGUCUACUGCGACGAACUCGACGUGGAACGAUGCAAAUCUCCGUGCCUUCUUUGAUUCAGGGUCAGACAUUAGGGACAUGCUCGUUGUUGUCAACGACACAACCGAUGUGCCUCCCGCCGGGCCAGACCAUCCUAUGGUCUCUGGAUUGUUCAGAGAACAAAACGCCAAACUGGCAGAAAUCACAACACAACUCGACAACAUGCUCGGUGAUUGGCUCGCCAGAAAACAACGCAUUCGCGGGACUGUUUAA